UAUAUAUUUUUGUGCCGUUGUAAUAAGCCAGGUCAAGGUAAGACCACGAGUUGUCGACACGUCACGUAGUUCAGCGUGUUGUGUUCAUAUUUGCUUUAGUGACGCGAAGACGACUUCAAGAACGUCUGCCCAGAAAUAGGCGGAGCGCCAGUGUUCGUCAACGCAACGCGACUUGAUCUUGCUGUUCGUAGUGGAUCCGAAUAGGCUGACUUCAACAGCUUUGGCUUAGUCCUCUUACUUUAAGGUACUUGGUGAUUCACGCAAGAAGAAUAUCGAAUAUUUUAGGGGCUCCGGCUACGCUCGAGAUGACAAUGAGCGCCUCUGCUGCAUUUCACAACCGGAGAGCACAGCCCGCUGUCAGCGAACAAGUUGGACGAGAAAGCGGCACAGGACCUUUUUACUGCAAUGCUAGUUUAUUUUAAGAGCUAACUACACUGUUCUCACAAUAAGCCUUUGUAAGCUGCUGAGGAAGUCGCUUAUAGGUCUGAUCGUGAAGAAGAUUGUCAAGUGUGCGUGCGCGCGCGCGUCUGUGUUGGAUGCGAGUGGACCAUGGAGACACACACUGAGGCGCUUCUUGUCACCGCAAACGUGGGGUCACUCUUUGACAAUGUGAGUGAAUUACAAAAUGAAUGGCUACAGGAAUUAUACAAGACCAUCCGCACGUAUCGGCCACAGUUCAUCGCCCUGCACUUUCAGGAGGUGGGGGGGAAAGAGUACAUGGUCAACAUGGGCCACGCUGAAGAAUUCUUUCGGAGCAUUGAAUCCAGUGAAGAACUAAAAGACUUUGACAGGCGCUGCAUUUACGUGGACAACCAGUUUCAAGCAGAAGAGCGUUUCACGGCAUUGGGCAGCAUGUACUUCAUCCACAAGUCAUUGAAGAACAUCCGCCAGUAUGACUUCAGGGUUAAGGACUUUAAAGCAGUGCCGGCACUGGACAAGUAUGUGGGUUCUCUGGAUGGGGUCACCACUGUGGAAAAAGAAAAAUUCCCAAAGACCUUCUGGCCUGAUUUCAAGUGGUCCAGGAAGGGCUUCAUGAGGACCCGCUGGCUCAUCCAUGACCGAGGGCUGGACCUAGUCAACGUCCACCUGUUCCACGAUGCCUCCAACCUCAUUGCCUGCAACUCCAGUCCUUCUAUUUACUCUGCCAACCGCAAAAAUGCACUCAGACACGUCAUCAACAGGAUAUCAGAUAACUGCCACACGCCAAUGCCUUUUUUCCUGUUUGGAGAUUUUAAUUUCCGUUUGGACACUCUAAGUCUAGUCCAGCAUCUGUCUACCUCGGCUGAAAUCCAGACCGUAAAGAAGGACAGCAGUAAUGAAGUGGAGAAAAUCAUCUGUGAGGAGAAAGCUGAUCGCCAGGUGCUUCUACUGAUCGAGGACAAGCUCUUUGCCUACCUGUAUCAGGCGGUGUUCAGAGAAGACAAUGGCAAAGCGCUGCUACAAUAUGACAAAGAAGUCACAGCCUUCCACGAUGUUGUUAGAGAAGAGGAAAUCCAGUUUCCACCCAGCUACCCCUACAGUGAAGAGUACACUAAACCAACCCAGUACAUGAACACUCGCUGUCCUGCAUGGUGCGAUCGGAUUCUGAUGUCACACACUGCACAACAGUUUAUCCGCAGUGGCACUGAUGGUGAGAGGAGCGUUAUUUAUGACACUGUGGGCCCUGAUGUUUGCAUGGGGGAUCAUAAGCCUGUGUUCUUAUUCUUCGCACUGAAGGCAAAUGAGCAUUGACCGGGGAUCAACCAGUGAGAGUGUGUCCAUCUUGUACCGGUUGUGGCAUGUCUAGGGAACAGCGAGGGGAGCGCUUAGCAAUCUUGUUGUCAUCCCCAGAGAGACAUUAGCUAGACGGGGCCCGCAGUGUUGCCGUAUGAACUAAGAUGAAGUAGCAGCGGGACAGCAGCUCUCCUUUGUGUCCAUGUGCCAUCAGCACCUUUCACUGAUGUCUUUUGCAUCCUCUCCGCUUUCAAUCUGGACCCACAAGACAGUGGCUCACAUUUCCCACUAUAUGGCCGACUAGGGAGAAAUACAUCGUACCCGACAUAAUAUUGGCAUUUUUAUGGCCAUGAUUUUGUUUUGUUUUCUUGAAAUUAACCCUAUUUAGGAUGAAAGGCUUUUUAAUGAGGCAUUUAACAGUCGAGAGCAUUUUGUUCGCUUAGACAAGACAAACCGGGGCAAGUUCAUGAAUGUGCGGCUUCAUAAAACAUUUGGAGUCCUUUUUAGGAAGUCAGUAUCGCAGAGUACAUAAUGUAAAAUUUGGUUGGACACAAAUUCACACAUCAAAUUUGUUCCUUAAAAAUGGGCACCCGCACACGUUUCCUCUAUUCCUCAGGUGUCUUCUCAGACUUGUGUCUUCUACUCAUCUUUCUUUUUCAUUUUCCUCAAACGCCAUUAAAUAUUCUUUACAUCUUCUUCUUAAAUAUUCUUUCCAUCGGCACGUUUGUGUGUGCGUGCGUGCGUGUGUGUGUACGUGUCUGUGCGCGCACGUUUCAACCAUUUAAUUGUCAUAAACUCAUUGAGGAGGUUCUCACAGACAAUCUAUUUUUGUUGUGUGGGUGUGUGUUAGGUUUUUACAGACAGAGUGAAUAAUUUUAAGAGAAACGCACCAACGGACAGACCACAAGUGAGGCAGAAUAUUGAGUCGUAACUUGCGCAAGGAGUGCAGUACAGACAGCUUACAAUGCCCAGCUACACUAAAGUCUGUCCGCACUCUUGCUCUUUUUAUUUGGGGAUGACCCUGCCUACAAGCAUAGCAGAAACCGUUAGGGAAAGGGGAAGCGCAAGGGUUUCUGCUUAGGUAAGAAACAAAAACGGCAGAUGAUGCACUUGUGAUAUGGCGAAAUAGAAAGGAGCAAACAGAGUUCAGCAAGUUCAAUGUGUUCAAGCGACCAUCAGAGCAGGAACCAGGGGCGCGCUUAGCGCAAGAUCUUGAGGGCGUGAAGUGUGGAGUCAGCUACUUGACGAAGAGUGACACAUCGCGUCGCUGACACAUUGCCGUUGCAGGGCGUUGUUUUCUCUGCAGCUGCGUCUCGCUGACCAAGACAGGACCUCACACUUCUGCUUAUGUGGCUUUCUGUGGUGAACAUAAGAACAGCAAAGCAGAACAACGAACGCACGUACGCACUAAUCUAACGGUCGAUCAUUUACUGUAAUAUGAUAAUAUAGAAAUAAAAAGAGAACGCGUGAUAACGUAAAGAAAAAGAGAACGCAUGAUAACAUAUAUAUACAAUUUUCCAACAGUGUGUGUCUGUAAAGGUGCAAUAACAACAUUCUUGGAAAUUGGCACAAUACCGAAAGUAGGAAAUAAAUGAAAUUAAGACCUUGAUUCAGUUGAAGAAAAUGUCUGUUGCCCCUGAUCUUCCAGGCUCAAGACCUUCAGGUGACAUUCUCACAAUUUUUUAAGCAUAAGUUUUUUGAUUAUUGACAGACUCUCCCCAGUUGGACUUCACCACUGCACCUCGAAACAUUUUAUUAUUAGUCAGACCACUUUGCUAUCAUGUGUUCAGAACUCUAUUUUAGAAUUCAAUAACAGUCCAAUUUUUAACAGUUAACGUAUUUUUGUUUCAACUGUAAAUGUGUUUUUGGAUUUUUAUAUUUCUAGCUAUUUACGCAUUUUAUUCUCUUUACUGUGGCUGUCAUUUCACAAAAAUAAUUUCAGCAGGUGUUUUAUGUACUGUAUGUUUUUGGGAGGGGCAGAAUGGGGGGGAGACACUGUACUGUAGUAUGAUUCGUUGAAAGCAUGUAACAAGUAUUCUUUUUUAAAAUUCACAUAAAAAAGUGAAAAGUGCUUUUAAGCGCUCAAAAUUCAGACACGUGUGUUGAAAAAUGAAACUGUUUUUAAUUUUCUUCUUUAAUUUCUUUCUCUGCCAUUGCAAAACUGUUAACAUUUCUUAUAACAACAUAAUUUCUUUAAGUGUAAUAAAGAAAAAGUCACUGUCA